AACUCUGGGUUUAGGAAAACAACUGAACCAUGAUUUCAGACUGUUCACUGUCCAUUCCCCUGUUGCUCACGGGACAGCUUCAGCUUGGGUUAAUCCUGAAAUUACCUCGACUCCUACCAAUACAUGCCUCUUCCCUUCUGAGAGGCGAAAAGGGCCAAUGUAGACUAUUUGCCAAGUGUCCCACAGCCCCUUAUUGUCCCUUAAGUGUAGGGACAGCAAUGUCGAGACAAAACCGCAUGUAGAGAACCGGUUCUCUACAGGGACACAACCGUCAUCACUCAGGAACCCAGCAGAAGAGGCAGGAAUCAAACCUCCUCACUAGCUGAUCGGCUAGAAAAAGUGAAGAAAGCUAAUGCUAUGUAGAUCAAGGCUAUUUGAAUGUUGGCAUAUGAACGCCCACAAAACCCUUCCUUCCCAAUUUCUAAUUACAAACCAGCUCUGGCAACUACACCAGUUCUUUAAGAACAAAGAAGUUUUUCAGCUGACUUUUAAUGCCAAUUGAAACUGGAUGAUGGCCAACUCUAUAACAUGCUUGCCCAUGGUUAACCUGAGAGGUCGAUAAGCUGGAGCAAGUCCAACAGACAGUAAUCACGAUGGUCGGGGGGCUGUAGCGCUUUAUCUAAGCCUGGAGAAGAGUUGGCUCUGGAGGGGACUUAAUGGCAUCCUUUCCAAACCUGAAAGGAGGUUAGUGAGAAGGAGGGUUGAACUAGAUGAUCUCCAAAGGUCCCUUCCAACCUCAACCAGUUGCUGAUUCUGUGAUUUGGAAACCUGUGGGGGAAAUGCCCUCUCAGGAACGGCUUUCAAGAAAGGCAGCAGGCACAGCAUCCCAGCGCCUACACAGAAACCCGGUGUGUGUUUUUAGUUGAGGUUUUCUUUUUGUACUUUACAGAACUCAUUUUACUGCACAUACUCUGAACACAGUUCCUCCCAUGUCCCAGACUGCAGACAUGGAAAUGCCCCAGCAUCGGAGGAGACAGAGGCCGGGAGAUGGCCUGUCACUCCUGCAGCCCCCAGGGCUCCACCCGUCCCAGCCGGCGCAUCACAAUGUGCCACAGUGGCAUCACAGUGACCCGGCCACGGCCACCAGCGCGUGUCCCUCCCCGUGCGGCACUGCGCUGGCGUGGGGCAGUGCGGACAGAGGUGGCUCCCAGCCUGGGGUCACUGCCCGGCACAGGGACACGUGUCCAGCCUCACGCAGGCCUGGUCGGUGCCUGGCGCUGCCGCAGCCGUCUGCCCGGCCUCGGCGCCAUGGGGCAGGCCAACAUCUGCGGCGCCCGCGGCGCUGCUGCCACCCAGGCACAGCCCGGGGCCCCUGGCCCCGUGGCUCCUGGCGCCCGCCGCGGGCUCUGGCGCAGGGCAGCCUCCCGGCCCCCGCCGCCCCUCGGCACCUUCGUCUCCAGCGGGAGCCCCCAGCUCCUGCUCACCCUCCCUGUGCAGGUGACGCGGCACCAGCGCACGCGCCAGAGGCACCUCCUGCUCUUCCCCCACGCGGUCGCCAUCGCCAGCUUCAAGUAAGAAGAGCCACCACAGCCCUCCUUCCUCCCCAGCACCGCCUCGGCCAGGGUCUCCCGCGGGAACGCUGCAUGCCCAGCACUGCUCUGGAAGGAGAGCAGGGGGCAGGAGAAGGGCACAGGCUCCUGCUCUUGUCCUCCUCCCCUGCAGGCCCUCACCAAGGGUGCUGCUGGCAUCACUGCCCUGCAGCCACUUCUCCAACGGCCUCUGCGUGGCGGCUGCAAAGGAGGCUCCUUGCUGCUGCCUGGGGCUCGGGGCCACCCUCCCCAUGGCUCUGCCCUGGGAAACGGCUCUUCCUGGGGGACAGCUGGGGUGGCCCCCACGCUGCACACCCACACCCCAGGCCCUGCUCUGCCUCCCUGCAGGUGCGGCUCCAUCUUCUGGCUGAAGCACCGCGUGCGGCUCAGCGAGCUCUGGGUGCUGUGCAGCGAGGAGGCAGCCGCAGCCAGGCCUGAGGAGGAGGAGGAGGAGGUCUUUGGCCUCAAGUGCAGCCGCACCCUCAUCCUCGUCUGGCCCACCAACCUCUGCGUGGUGACCUUUGGGUCGCAGGAGGUGAAGCAGCUCUGGCUGGACACGAUGCUCCGGCAGAGCCCAGGAGCCCCAGGAGCCAGGCUCACCCGACUGCCCUCCCUGCGGCUCCUCACCAAGGUCAUUGGCUUCUACGGUCCCGAGAUGUCACUGACAGCGGCGACCGUGGAGACGCUGAUUUCGGUAGAGGCUGACGCCAAGAAAGGCCCCCGCUUGGACCCUUCCGACGGCGAAGAGGCACUUGGCCACUCGGCUGCAGAGGGAGCGAAGGCAAGAAGGCAGGUGAUCUCCUGGCCACUUGCUCGGCGAGGAACCCCUGCCAGCAGGGCCUGCCCUGUCCCAGGGCAGCUCGCCUCUGGCCCCAGGGCGGCUCUCUUUGGCCAGCCUCUGGCAGCUCUCUGCGGGCAAGACGGGGGCCUGCCCCAGCCAGUCCAGGAGCUCCUGGCUAUACUGUAUGAGAAAGGGCCUGCCACCGAGGGCAUCUUCAGGAAGGCGGCGAGCGAGAAGGCCCGCAAGGAGCUGAAGGAGGUCCUAAACCAGGGCAAGAGCGCUGACCUGGACAGCAGACCCGUGCACCUCCUGGCAGUGGUGCUGAAGGACUUUCUUCGGGAUAUCCCCUCCAAACUCCUCGUGGACAGCCUCUACGAGGAGUGGAUGCAAGCGCUGGAGAAGCCAAGCCAGCAGGACAAAAUUGACAAGCUGAAGGAGGUGGCCGACAGCCUGCCCACAGCAAACCUCCCGCUGCUGCAGCGCUUGCUCGCUGUGCUGCGUCACAUCAGCGAAAACGUGGAGACCAGCAAGAUGGACACCAGCAACCUUGCGAUCUGCGUGGGGCCAAAUAUGCUGAGCCCCUGCACGGACAACGUGCUCACGCUGGCAGAGCUGAAGGAGAGGAACGACAAGGUGACAGCCCUGGUGGCGUUCCUAAUAGACAACUGCCGAGCAAUAUUUGGGGAGGACAUCACCUUGCCCUUCAGUCCCUCAGCCCAGGAGUCACCGGAGCACACCAACAGCUCCACAGGUAGGAGGAGGCACUGAUGGUUGUGCCAGGCCAGGGCUGCUGGUUUGCAGUCUUGCCUUGCAUAGCAGAAGACAGAAGGCUGUGGCAAUGCAGAGAGCUGCAGACACUUGAACAUGGUAGUGCAGUGGUUGCCCCCUGGAACACUUUCCAAAGGACAGCACUCCCAGAACAGCAUUCCUCCCAGAUGGGAAACGUCUGUGCACUUCUGCUCCUCUCCUAGUUGCUAACGCUGGCCUAGAAGUGCACUCUCACAGGACAUUGUCCUCGGGGGUCCUUGUUUUCCUAGGGUGCGUGGUUCCACAGCGAAAGCCCCCUUGUAUCUUCAGGUGGCCCCUAACAAAGACCUAGCAGGCUCUUUCUCCCCACAGGACACCCAGGGGCUCCUCAGCAUGACGGUUCUGCCUGCAACAGCGCGGAGCCGCAAGCUGAAGGCAGCACCCCCGUGUUGGAGCUGGAGCAGCCCAAGGGCAGGAGCAGCAGUCUCCGCAGGCCCUAUCCUACCUGCGUCUCUGCCCCUUCCCUGAGCAAUUUCACCAGUGGCAUCAGCAGCAUGGACAGGUGCUUCUCAGAACCAGACCUGUCCUGCCACGACCGCCUGGAAGGCUGGGCAAGGGAGCAGGAGGCCAGCGAGAGGGAGGGCAAACUGCCAGGGCAGCAGUAACAGCUAAGGUUGCAGAAGGAGGCACUGGAACAACACCGUGCAGGAUUGCCUUCCCAGCUAUCAAACAGCUCUCCCUGCCCCAAACAGCCUCCAGCUGCUCCCUGCACAGCUCCUUGCCUCAUCUGAUGCCUCCGUCUUCCCCACUUCCACACUACUUUCACCCUCUACUCCACAAAAGACCUUUCGAAAGAGGCCCCAGGCUUUUUCCAUCAAGUGCACCGAGGACGGCAGGACACCUGGCAGAGCCAUCGGAAAGCGCUGCGUGUCAUGCUCUUUGGCAAACCGCAGGAAAAGGUGCCCAAAAAUCCUCCAGAGCUGGGGGCCUGGGAAAACAGGAGCUGCCAGAGAGACAGCUCCCCAAGGACAGACAAUCAGUUCUCCUGCACAGUUGUCCAGGGAGACAAGAAAAGCCCUUGCCUGUGGCAUAUCAGCAAGGCCCCAUUUCAAGGCAGCGGAGGAAGUGUUUCGAGAGGAGGGUGGAGCAGAGGAAUUCUGGAAGAACCCCCCCUUAUGAAGAGCCUCCCUAGACCUGCCUGACCACGAGAGUUCCCUCUGUGGCCUCACAGUAUCAGCCGCGAGAUCCACCACGUCCAAGCAGGACACUCUGCCCCCCUGCCCAUGCACCAGCUGUGCACAGGACACAGCAGAGGUGUCUCCAAGGCAUGUGCUCAGGGCCCGAGGUUCUGCACAGAAGGAUUUGGAGGUGGAAACCACAACCCACACGGUUCCUGCUGGAAGAAACUCCCCUGGCAGUUUCCCUGGGACCCCUGCAGCACAUCAACUGGGAGCCGUGUGUGAAUCCUGUCAAGGAUCCAGCCCAGGGGUCACCUUCUUGGGCACCCGAUGGAUAGGGGGACGGAAAACACUGCCAGAAUCUAUAUGAGAGGUGAUAGAAAACAUUCCCACACUUUCAGAUCAAAACCCUUGAGACCUGUCUGAGGAACUUGGCGGGUUUUGGAGGUGACACUUUCCUGGAUUCCGUAUUCAAGUAGCACCUCUGCAUGAUUUGCUGAGGAAAAGCUCCCUACGGAAUUGGGAACCUCAACACCAGGCAGCAUUAAGUGCUUUCAAAAAGGAAAUGCUUGCUUGACCAUCGAGGGGGCACCCCCCAGCCUACAUGCCCAUGGGAUUACGGCAACAAAAUGUGCAAGGCGGGAUUAUGGCAACAAAAUGUGCAAGGCGGAAAGGAUUACACCGUUGCCAUAGGCUCUAAAGUUUGGCAAGGGUGCCAGGAGAACCACACUCCCUUGGAGAAAGUGCUCUUAGCUGCCUAAGAAGGGCAGCUAACAACCGAGCCAUUAACGCAAGAAGGGAAAAAAAGCUAUGCGUGCUGAAAAGUAUUACAGGCCCUUAGAAUGCAGCUACCAAAGAGCUCUUCUUCCUGUUGCUAGGGACUGGACGCAUCAGGGACAUUCAUACAAAAGGAAUGGCUUGAGGCCAAGAUGCUGUCAUUCCUAGUGUCUUUCAUGGGAAUGUGUGGGCACCUGCCUUGGCAGGAGAUCAUUUGCAUUGCCGUACUCAUGGCACUGAGGAGGUUAGCCAGCACUGCAGCUACUGGCUAUGCAGGCAGGGAUUGACCUGUCCUACCACGCCCAGAGCUCUGGAAUUAGGCAGGAGGAAACACUCAGCUGGUCCCUGCGCCCGGCAACUUGCCUGUGGUACCGAGACAUGACGAGCAUAUGACAAUGCUUUGGGAGGCAUCUGGGUAUGCACCUUCAGUUGUAUUCCCUGCAAAGAUGAUGUCAGCUGUGAAGUUGGCAACGUUAGCUGUUGGAAUGGGACAUCUGCUUUUGACCAAAUCACCAAGCAGAAGUACUGCUUAGCUUCUCCUGGGACUGAACACAAGAUGUCUUCUUUGGCACCAUUUAAUACCUCCGUCACACUUGGAGUGACCUUCCAUCAACUAGACAGCUUUCCCAAAAAUCCCCGCCAAGGCCACUAAAUGUCUGUGCAGAACUGGAAAACACUGAGAAGAGAGAGAAGGAAAAAUGAGGGAUGAUCUAGCAAACUGAUUCAGUGAGCAAAAGUGGAAACCCGCCUGCCUGAACAGCCUUGGGAUGAGAUCUUGAAAGGCUGGUCACCAAAAGCUCUCCGUGCAUUGCGAAUGAUGCUACCUGCUCUGCUCCUACUGUUAAUAAACACCGCCUUGUUCUUUGUUGUCACCUUGA